UAGAGACUGCUGGGGAGAGCGGAGGAAAGAGGGUCAAGAUGGGUAAUGUUUUAGCUGCAAGUUCUCCUUCCCCUCCUCCAGCUCUAGGCCCAGGGUUGGUUUCUGUUCCUCCAGGUUUUACUAUGCCAUCUGUAACUGGCCUUAGCGCAACUGCAGACAGGAAAGAAACUGAAGAAGAUCGAUUACCCAACCCUGGUACCAUUGAGGAAUGUCAUCGCAAGUGUAAAGAAUUAUUUCCUGCCCAAAUGGAGGGUGUAAAACUGAUUGUAAAUAAAGGUCUGAGCAACUAUUUCCAGGUGAAUCAUACAGUUUCUCUCAGCACUCUUGAGGACUCCAACUAUCACUUUGGGGCCACAUAUGUUGGAACAAAGCAGCUGAGCCCAUCAGAGGCAUUUCCUGUUUUGGUUGGGGAUCUGGAUAAUAGUGGCAGCCUAAACGCACAGAUCAUUCAUCAGCUCACAAAUCACAUACGGUCAAAGAUUGCUUUGCAGACACAACAAUCCAAAUUUGUAAAUUGGCAGAUGGACACAGAAUUCAGGGGCAAGGAUUUCACAGCUGCAGUUACACUAGGAAACCCAGACAUAGUAGUUGGAUCUGGAAUCGUAUUUGCUCAUUAUCUUCAGAGCAUUACUCCAAGCCUGGCACUCGGUGGGGAACUGGUAUAUCACCGAAGACCUGGAGAGGAAGGAACGGUUAUGUCCUUAGCUGGUCGAUACACAGCUCCAAACUGGACUGCAAAACUAACUGUCGGACAGGCUGGUGCACAUGCUACCUACUACCAUAAAGCCAACAAACAGCUGCAAGUGGGAGUAGAGUUUAAAGCCAGUGCUCUACUGCAGGAUACAAGCGCCUCUUUUGGUUAUCAGCUGGACAUUCCUGAAGUUCACCUGCUUUUUAAAGGAUCUGUGGAUAGUAACUGGGUUGUUGGUGCCACACUAGAGAAGAAACUUCCACCUCUCCCCCUCACACUUGCUAUGGGAGCAUUCCUUAAUCACAAGAAAAAUAAGUUCCAGUGUGGCUUUGGUUUGACCAUUGGUUAAAAUAACCUCUCAGAAUAGCCAUUGGCCUCAUAUUUCCACACAGAGUUGUGGUCUCUUUCUCUGCCUAUUGACUGCCCACUCCAAGUAUCCUGACUUGCUCUUUCUCCCUCAUCUCCUGCCAUGCUACAUUUUUAAACUUAAUUGUAUCUUAAGGGGGAGAGAAAGCGACAGGAUAGGAAUACAAAAUAUGACAUCCCUGUCAAAAGAAGACAUAUUACAUCUCUUUGGGCCUAUAUUUAUAUCUCCACAUUACCAUAAUCUUGAUUUAGUGUGUGUGGGGGUCAUUGUUACUGCUUCCAUUUGUCAUCCAUGUUCCUUUUUCUGUCUUUUUUUUUCUUUUUUUUUCUCUCUCUUCAUUGUCACAUGCUAUGUUUGCUUGUUUCUAACCUAGGAUCUAUAGGUGUUUCAAGUCUUGUUUUAUGAGCCAUGAAAACAACAAGAUAAAGACCCCUACCAUUUUCUCUGUCAUAUGUACUGGGUCUCCUAUCUUCCCCAUUCUUUUUAAGUCAUCAUUCAGGUACAUAGGAGGGUGAAGAGGUCAUAUUUAGAAGUCCUUAUUCUAUAAUCUUCUUGAACCUGUUUCCUCACUGACCUUGUGCUCCUGCUGAGGUGGCCCAUGUCCCCUCUUCAGGAGCAUAGAUGUAAAUCAUGUUUAUAAGUUAUAAAAACAUUGAUCUUUUAGUAAAAAAAAAAAAAAGAAAUUCCGAAGUGGAGUACCAUAAAU